AUGGCCGCUCGUCGUUUCGUCUUAACUGCCUUUGUAUUGCUACUCGGCGCAGCGUUCGCAUUACACAUAUCUCUGGUUGCUGCGGCCGAAGCGGCAGAUCGCGGCAAUGUCGAGACAUGCACGGCAGCUUCCGACACGGCAGGAGCAGAGGCCAAAACAUGCGCCAAUGUCGCUUCCGCAGAUUCCGCUGAUUCUGCUGUCGAGGAUGGCGGGAACCCGUCGCUAACGCUGCGCCUCGACACGGCAAGCGGCGGCGGUGGCGAUGAAGGCGAGCGGCGCGUGAUCCAGCUGUCGUCGUGGCGGCCGCGCGCGUAUCUGUUCAAACGGUUCCUGUCGGAGGAGGAGUGCGACCACAUCGUCGCACAGGCGACGCCUCGCUUGCAGCGAUCAUCGGUGGUGGACGGCGUGGAUGGGCACGUGUCGGUAUCAACGGUGCGCACGAGCAGCGGCAUGUUCAUGGAGAAGGGCGAGGAUGACGUCAUCGCGCGCAUCGAACAGCGCAUCGCCGUUUGGACCUUCCUGCCGCUCGCCAACCAGGAGUCGCUGCAGGUGCUACGGUACGGCGUGGGGCAGAAGUACGACCCACACCACGACUACUUUGACGACCCGCUGCACAAGCAGAGGGGCGGCCACCGCUACGCCACAGUGCUCAUGUAUCUGAACAACGUCACCAAGGGCGGGGAAACCACCUUCCCCACACACAAGGACCCUACUCCCAAGGACGACUCGUGGUCUGACUGCGCUAAAGGCGUGCUGGGGGUGAAGCCCAUCAAGGGCGAUGCUCUGCUCUUCUUCAACCUGCUGCCGGAUGGGACGCCGGAUGAGAGCAGUCUGCACCAUGCGUGUCCCGUGGUGGAGGGGGAGAAGUGGUCUGCUCCCAAGUGGAUCCACGUGGGGAGCUUCGACGAAGAGCCUGCUGCUGGCUGUGUGGACAGCAACGCCUUCUGUGAGGCGUGGGCGGAGACGGGAGAGUGUGAGCGCAACAAGGAGUACAUGAUUGGCACUCCCGGGGCGCCAGGUGCUUGCAGAAAGUCCUGCAACGUGUGCACUGCUGAUGCUGGAGAUGGUGAUGAGGAUGCGGAUGUUGGUGCUGAUGCUGAUGCUGAUGCUGAUGCUGAUGGUGGUGGUGCUGAGGAUGGUGGUGAUGGGGUUGGUGCUGAUGGUGCAGCAGCCGAGGCAGCAGGGGAAGCAGAGGCAGGAACGGCUGCUGCAUGA